AAUAUGACCCCUAAAACCCGGUUCCACAAUUCGAGUUAACCGGAGUUUGAUUGGUUUACGGUAGGUUUGGGAGUGUGGUAUAGUUAACGAAAGGUUAACCAGUUAAACUUUGGUUAACUCGAGGAUGGAAUCGGGCCUUAAUAGUACUCAACAUAUAUACACGUGUGUGUAGCUUUAGUAAGGUGUCAAAUCUAGGAAUAAACAUUGUAGAUUAAAUAAUACUAUAGAGCUUAGCAAGUACUCCAUGGCAGCGAUUGACAAAGUCAAAAUUAUUGUUGUCGGUGAUUCAGGUGUUGGCAAGACGUCACUAACGCACAUGAUAUGCCAUCAGCAAACAAUUAGCAAUCCCUCAUGGACGAUAGGAUGUUCAGUGGAAGUCAAACUACACGAGUACAAGGAAGGAACACCAAAUCAAAGAAGAUACUUCAUUGAAUUAUGGGAUGUAGGAGGAAGCCAAAGUCACAAAAAUACAAGAUCAGUUUUCUAUAGUCCUACUAAUGGUAUAAUUCUGGUGCAUGACUUGACAAACAGGAAAUCUCAACAAAAUUUGCAAAAAUGGCUUCAGGAAGUUUUAAACAAAGAUAGUAGCCACUCAAAAGUCAAGCUAUUUGACGACUUUGAUCCUGAAAAGUUUGUCGGUUCGACUCAAAUUCCAAUUCUAGCAGUCGGUACAAAAUUAGACCUGGUCUCGGAAGUGAGAUCAAACCUCCAUAGACGUUCAUCCAGUAUCGCCGAAGAGUGUGGUGCCGAAGAAAUGUUUGUGGACUGUCGACAGACUAAAUCUCUGGCUGCUGGAUCUAGUUCAUCCGUAAAGCUGAGUCGCUUCUUUGAUAAAGUCAUUGAGAGGAGAUACUAUGCUACAAGAGAAGGGAUCAGUCCCGAUAAGCGAAGAUUGCCUGUGUACACUUCUUCAUUUAGUCCUAAGUUGUAUCAUGAUUGAAAGGAAUGUAAGUAAAAACUUCAAACGAUACUGCAUUGAUGGUUUUAAGCAAUGCACAGUAUACCUGAUACACAAUGUUUUCUUCUGCAUGGUGAGACUUUUUUGACAGUUUGUAAAAGAAUCACUAUGCAUCAAACAUUCCUACAUGCCUGAAAAAGUUAAUAUUUUUAAUUCCAAAGAACUCUUGUAAUUGCUUAUGUGAAAAACUAAAAGUGUGUAACAUGGAACUGCAAUACAGAUUUUUUGUUCAUUAAUUGUUACACACCAUUAUUAUAGGAUUAAAAUUUUGUACAAAAUAAAAAUUUGUACGAUAUAAAUAAAAUUAAACCUCAAUGAUUGAAAUUAUGU